AUGUCCUUCUUCUCACGAUCGUUCCCUGCCCUCAACCGCCUCAAGCAGCUCGCAUUCCGUCCCAGGGGUGUCGAGGAGUUCUUUGAGAAUGGCAAAUCCAUCCCCACAGAAAAGUCAUGGACUGGUCGUGCAUGGAGAGCCAGUGAGCUUCGUGUUAAGUCGUUCGAUGAUCUUCACAAGUUGUGGUAUGUGCUCUUGAAGGAGCGCAAUGUCCUUGCUGUCCAGAAGGAAGAGGCCCGCCGUUUCCACAUCUCUAAGCAAUACUUUUCCAACAAGGGUCGUCAAAUCAAGUGCCAAAAAUCGAUGGCAAGGAUCAAGUUUGUGUUGAACGAGCGUCGCUUGGCUUGGGUGGAGGCCACCAAAUUGCAGAGAGUCGCCAAUGCACAGGAGGCAACUGUCAACACCAAAGUUUCGACCCCCAACGCGGAAUCAUCAACAGCAGCAGCAUCAGCAGCAAAGUCAACAGAGUCGACCGUUUCUGCCUAA